CAGUUAAGAGUGUCUCCAUUGUAGACCUUUACGCACAAUUUAACACGCUUGGAACGGAGUGCGUUGUCCGGGUGCUAGGGUGUCCUCGAUGGGUAUUAUAGGAUGGCUUUGCAGAGGUGUUCGUGAUGGUGUUGCCGUGGCUGCUCGUUUUGGAGCUCGUACUUUACGCAGGCUGUUUCAUCUGUGGAAUAAUGUCCGCUGCUUCUCUGACAAUCACCCAGGGCCACUUUACAGGGCAGUGCAUUCUUUAUGGGACUGUUGAGUACAACACAUCUGGCCUGAUCCUGGAGAACCCCAGCCAUCCUUCCCUCUGCUACUUUGUGUCAGCCAUCUCCGUGUCUGUGGCCAUCUACUGCUUCUGCCUCACCCUCUACUGGAUCUAUACCAGCUGUGUGGAAGAGGAGGUCAAGAGGGAAAGACUGUGGCUGAAUGUGACUCUGGGGGUGUGUAUGAAGAUAUUGUUUUUCCUGGCGGUGUCAGGGUGUACCCUGAGGAUCGGCAGGGACCGCCUCUGUCUGUCUGCCCUCCACAACGUGCCCUCCAUAACCAGUUGUGAAGAAGCUGAGAAUAAAACCUGGGUCAGUCCCUACAAUGGAAGUCAGUUCUACACGGGAUUGUAUAAUGCAGAGAAGUCCGUGUGGGUGAACUUCUUCUUCUGGGUGCAGAUCGUGGUGGUGGUGUUUGUCCAGAAACGUCAGGGGUUAGGCUCAAGGUCAGAAUGGAGCGUGUCUGAAACAGAGCCCUUCUUCCACCGUCCUGUCUGACGCCACCGACCACACCAAGCCAGAUGGGUGCCAUAAUGGUUGUGUUCCUCUGCUCAGACGUUGCUGACGAAUGCCAGAUCUUACAACACAUACAUAGGUAUUUUACAUAUCAGCUAAACCAUAUGUUUUAGCACGUUAUAGUAAUCUGGUGCCCAACGGCACAGUCGAUGACGUGGCACACAACCAUUAGUUGAUGCAUGCAACGUCUGAGCAGGGCAACACGACCAAUGUGUACUUGAAUACAGGUCCCUGCAUGCAACAACCUAGUUUUGUCCCAAGCUCAAGACAGGGAUAACAGUGGGUCAUAAAACCGGAUGUACUCAAUUAUUGGUAAUGUAAUUAGAUUCCACUGCAGUAUGAAAAAGUCUACCAUACACAUUUUACUUAAAUGGGCUGAAUUUGCCCCGACUCUGUCAUAUGGAUAAGUCCUUUUAUUAAAUAUGAAACUGAGAUUCCUUUUGAUAAAGCCACUCAGUACUGACAUUAAAGGCAUUACAACCUCUAAUUUAGGCCAGCAAUGGGGCGCCCUAACUACAAUGUGUUUUCCCUUUGGAAGAGUGGGAACAGUACAAUUAACAUUGGAGGUAACUUCUUCCAUUUUUGUAUAUUCAGUUUAACCAAUUAGUUACACAAUUCAGUCACUUCCUGUUACGUAAAAUGACCGGCUCAAUGUAUACUGAUUGAUGUAACAGCUGUGAAAGUCAAACAUUUCAUGUGUAUUUCAUGUGUUUUUGUCAAAGCAAAAUCUCUGUCAUUACUAAAAACUUUAUUGAUUAUGAAGUCAUUAUUAAUGAAGUACAGUUACAUUGUUACUAGUUAUUUUCUAGUACUGAAUAUGAGUUACAGUGGGAACAUUUUAUGAGAAAAAGGUUUGCAAAUAAAUAACAAACAUUGUUCCAGAUUCACUCCAUCACAACCUUCAUAAAUGGCAUUAACUACAGUAAGUCUCCAUUCCCAACCACUGACACAUGAAAUAAAUGUUGUCAUACCCGUUUUAUACGGUCUGAUAUAAGAUGGUUAUCAGCCAAUCAGCAUUCAGGGCUCGACCCGCCCAGUUUAUAAAUGGCAUUAACUACAAUAAGUCUCCAUUCCCAAACACUGCCACAUUUAUUCCCUCCUCUCAACAUCAAUCCAUCCCUCUCCUCUCUGCCCUCUUCUUUACUCCCUCUCCCUCUCCAAUCUCUUACAGUUGCUUGCUGAGUUUGCAAGCUUGUCUUUCUUUUGCUUCAACGGCAGCCUUGGUGUCCAGGAGCUGCUCCAGCUGCCUGCGUUUGUUAAACAUGUCUAGCUUUGCUGCUUCUCUCUGCUGACCCAGGCCCUCCCCCCUCUGAUGAGCUUUCACUAGAGCCAACUGUGUGCUCUGCUCAUGGAACUCGGCCCUUAGCCGCGUUGCCUCUGCCAACAGGCUCUACAUGUUGUUCAAAACAGAAUUCACCUGCUCCUGAGACAUUGUACGGGCCGGGGUAAAGUGAAAUAUUGAAGGAAAAUCACUGAGGAUACACACACACACACACACACUGUGCAACAACCAAAGUAGAGCAUAAACAUCCUACUUGGAUUUGCACUGAGGUGUAGCCUAGUGAUUCAACACCAUCUUAAAACCACUAAAUAUGAAUAAACACCGAAAUGUUCAUGACAGCAGCAUCAGUCUGAUUCAUCAGCCCAUGAGACGUCUGCAGGUAGCUUACUGUUGAGCUUAUCUCUCCCCAGUGCUAGUAACGUCAGCUAACACAUUUCAAACACUCAAGACACCUUUUCAACCACAAAAGGACAGUGUUACAUUUGGCGUCAUAAGUGAAACCAAAGUCAUUUCUGGAUAACACGUUGCAUGUGACAAUAAAACAUUAUAUGUAAUUGUAACUGCCUGCAUAAUUGCAUUAUAAUUACAUUGUGGUUACCAAAGUUAUUGCAUAACUGCAUAGUACCACGUUUUGCUUUCAGAGUUUAAACACUUUGCUCUGAUUUAUACAAACUCAUAAUACUGAAUGUAUGUCUAUAAUCUUGGAAGGGCCACUUACCAGUGUGAAAAUGGUCACAUCUGAAAAUGGAACAUGUGCUGCAGCAGUUUCUUCUCUCCUCUUCACCUGAAGGGUUUGUA